AUGGCAGCCAGCCUCAAACACAACGAGUCGAAUGGCAUGCUGAUGUUCACGAAUAGGGAAAAACCAAUCCGAUUCAGUAGGCCCUUGGCGAGAACGCUCAGGUUGCCAUCGGGCAACAUACCACCCCUAGAGACCGUCUCAGGACAGCCAGCCAUCACCAUCCAAAACAGGACAGCCAGCCAUCACCAUCCCAACAGACCAGCCACAUACACCAUCACCAUGCCAACAGGACAGCGAACCAUCACCAGCUCAACAGGCCAGCCAACCAUCACCAGCUCAACAGACCAGCCACAUACACCAUCACCAUCCCAACAGGACAGCCAACCAUCACCAGCUAAACAGGCCAGCCACAUACACCAUCACCAUCCCAACAGGACAUCCAGCCAUCACCAUCCCAACAGACCAUCCACAUACACCAUCACCAUCCUAACAGGACAGCCAACCAUCACCAGCUCAACAGACCAGCCACAUACACCAUCACCAUCCCAACAGGACAGCCAACCAUCACCAGCUCAACAGACCAGCCACAUACACCAUCACCAUCCCAACAGGACAGCCAGCCAUCACCAGCUCAACAGGCCAGGAGGUAGCAUCCUCCGACGAGCACUCAUCAGGAGGAGGAACCGUCCACCACCGAGCACUCAUCAGGAGGAGGUACCGUCCUCCACCGAGCACUCAUCAGAAGGAGGUAGCAAUCCUCCACCGAGCACUCACCAUGAGGAGGUAGCAUCCUCCGACGAGCACUCAUCAGGAGGAGGAACCGUCCACCACCGAGCACUCAUCAGGAGGAGGUACCGUCCUCCACCGAGCACUCAUCAGAAGGAGGUAGCAAUCCUCCACCGAGCACUCACCAUGAGGAGGAGGAGGAACCGUCCACCACCGAGCACUCAUCAGGAGGAGGUACCGUCCUCCACCGAGCACUCAUCAGGAGGAGGAACCGUCCACCACCGAGCACUCAUCAGGAGGUACCGUCCUCCACCAAGCACUCAUCAGGAGGAGGUACCGUCCUCCACCGAGCACUCAUUAGGAGGAGGUAGCAUCCUCCACCGAGCACUCAUCAGGAGGAGGAAGCAUCCUCCACCGAGCACUCACCAUGAGGAGGUACCGUCCUCCACCGAGCACUCUCCAGGAGUAGGUACCGUCCUCCACCGAGCACUCACCAGGACGAGGUACGGUCCUCCACCGAGCACUUACCAGGAGGAGGUACCAUCCUCCACCGAGCACUCAUCAGGAGGAGGUACCGUCCUCCACCAAGCACUCACCAUGAGGAGGUACCGUCCUCCACCGAGCACUCAUCAGGAGGAGGAACCGUCCACCACCGAGCACUCAUCAGGAGGAGGUACCGUCCUCCACCGAGCACUCAUCAGGAGGAGGUACCGUCCUCCACCGAGCACUCAUCAGGAGGAGGUAGCAUCCUCCACCGAGCACUCACCAGGACGAGGUACGGUCCUCCACCGAGCACUCAGUAGGAGGAGGUACGGUCCUCCACCGAGCACUCCGUGGGAGGAGGUACGGUCCUCCACCGAGCACUCACCAGGAGGAGGUACCAUCCUCCACCGAGCACUCAUCAGGAGGAGGUACCGUCCUCCACCGAGCACUCAUCAGGAGGAGGUACCGUCCUCCACCGAGCACACACCAGGAGGAGGUACCGUCCUCCACCGAACACUCAUCAGGAGGUUGUACCAUCCUCCCACGAGCCUCAUCAGAAGGAGGUACCGUCCUCCACCGAACACUCAUCAGGAGGAUGUACCGUCCUCCACCGAGCACUCAUCAGGAGGAGGUACCGUUCUCCACCGAGCACUCACCAGGAGGAGGUACCGUUCUCCACCGAGCACUCAUCAGGAGGAUGUACCGUCCUCCACCAAGCACUCACCAGGAGGAGGUACCGUUCUCCUGGUACCUCAUCAGGAGGAGGUACCGUCCUCCACCGAGCACUCAUCAGGAGGAGGUACCGUCCUCCACCGAGCACACACCAGGAGGAGGUACCGUCCUCCACCGAACACUCAUCAGGAGGUUGUACCAUCCUCCACCGAGCCCUCAUCAGAAGGAGGUACCGUCCUCCACCGAACACUCAUCAGGAGGAUGUACCGUCCUCCACCGAGCACUCAUCAGGAGGAGGUACCGUUCUCCACCGAGCACUCACCAGGAGGAGGUACCGUUCUCCACCGAGCACUCAUCAGGAGGAUGUACCGUCCUCCACCAAGCACUCACCAGGAGGAGGUACCGUUCUCCUGGUACCUCAUCAGGAGGAGGUACCGUCCUCCACCGAGCAGUCACCAGGAGGAGGUACCGUUCUCCACCGAGCACUUAUCAGGAGGAGGUACCGUUCUCCACCGAGCACUUAUCAGGAGGAUGUACCAUCCUCCACCGAGCACUCAUCAGGGGGAGGUACCGUCCUCCACCGAGCACUCAUCAGGAGGAGGUACCGUCCUCCACAGGGCACACACCAGGGGGAGGUACCGUCCUCCACAGGGCACUCACCCGGAGGAGGUACCGUCCUCCACCUACCACUCACCCGGAGGAGGUACCGUCCUCAACCAGGCACUCACCAGGACGAGGUACCGUCCUCCACCGGGCACUCACCAGGAGGAGGUACCGUCCUCCAGCGAGCACUCACCAGGAGGAGGUACCGUCCUCCACCGAGCACUCACCAGGACGAGGUACCGUCCUCCACCGCACACUCACCAGGACGAGGUACCCACCUCCACCGAGCACUCACCAGGACGAAGUACCGUCCUCCACCGAGCACUCACCAGGACGAGGUACCGUCCUCCACCGAGCACUCACCAGGAGGAGGUACCGUUCUCCACCGAGCACUCAUCAGGGGGAGGUACCGUCCUCCACCAAGCACUCAUUAGGGGGAGGUACCGUCCUCCACCGAACACUCAUUAG